AUGUGGCACCUGGCUCGACGCUGCAGUGCGACUCCAAAGUAUGGACGAGCAGUGGCCACUCAGAUGCCCAGCAAGCUCUUGCGCGGGCGACCUCCCGUGCUCCUUGGAAGGAGAGAGAGGCGAGAUCGCGAUGUACCCCAGGAAAGCCCGAAGAAGGCUUUCUUGCCGGCCAGCACUGGCGGGAUUGCCGACUUCAGGAAACUGUGUGAAUCAGCCCUGCAAUCAAGAGAAACCGGCAACUCAAAUGCACUUGCGCUUCUUCGACAGGCUGGUAGGAAGGCAAGAACACCUGCAGAGGCUGCACUUGUGCUCAACCAUAUCGUCGACAUGUCACGGGAUGAGCACUUCAUCCGGUUCCUGGUCGACAAGCUCGUUUCCCAACACCUGGCAGGCCAAAGCAAGCAUGUCUGCUUGGCAGCAAAUGCCCUUGCGCGCGUCGAACUUUGGAUGCCAGCCUUUGGCACCCUGGUAGAUCGAGUUUUUGCAGGCACGCAUGCAGAGAUGUCGUUGGAGCAGCUCAGCCCGAUUGAUGUUGCGCAGAUCUGCCGCUUCACUGCUGUCUUUCGCCGGCGCUUGGAGAGCACGGGCUUGCCAGCGAAGCGUGUCCUGGAGGCUGUUCAUCUCCGGCUGCAGCGUCUCGAGGAGUCUGGGAAGGAAUUGGAGGCUACAGGAUUCAUCUCCUUGUUGAGGUCAGUCACUCAGAUGUCGGAUAUGGAUGUGGCGGAUGCGGGCACACGGUCUCUGGCAACGUGGCUCCGAACCAGGCUAGUCAAGCAGCUGCCGCUGUGCUCCCCGCGCCAACUUGCAAGCGCGCUCUUGGAUCUCGGAGCACUCAAGCAGCUGGAUGACAACACUCUUCUACAGCUGCAGAGAGAGGUGACCCGCAAUUGGAGGGCGAACAACAUGCGACCUCGUGAUUUGGCAUCCAUCAUCUCCGGAUACUCCAAGCUCGAGGGUGUGAGUGCUCGUCAAUGCGCGAUCGAGCCGCUGCUGCCCCAGAUGCUCGAAAUGAUCGGCAGCUGCUCCCAGGCGAGCCUUUGCGAGCUCCUGCACGGACUAGCCGCUGCCAACAUCUACGACCGCCUGCUCCUCGAGGAGUGGUCUUCAAACUUCGAGGCGAAGGUGCUGGGGAGCCUCGGUUCCUCGGAGGCCGCCCCGUACACUCUCAGCCCGGCCCAGCUGUCGCUUGUCGUGGCGGACCUGGCCAAGUUGCGCUACGUGAAGAAGGAUGAUCGAAAUACCUUCUCAACCCUGCUGGGGCGUGUCAUGGAUGUCGCUCCUUCUCUUGGUGGACUUUCAGUUUGUCACAUUGUGUGUGCUUUGGCACGAGUCUCUCCUGCCCGAACCAACGUCUCGGCGAUAUUGGUGGACAGCUCGCCUGCAGGGAGCACAGAGUUCCGGUCCUCUCUUCUGAACAGGCUUGAGGCGCAGCUCCUCGUGAAGGUGGAAGAGCUUCUGCCGCAGGGGUUGAGCGCCAGUGCCGCUGCCUUCGUCAAGCUGCGACACUUCAGCGAAGAUCUCCUGAGCGGCCUCACAGAGGCUGCUGUGCCACGUCUUGGGAGCUUUUCCGCAGAGGACUUCACCAUGUUCUCGUCUGCCCUUGGGACUGCACAGGAUGCUUUGGCACAAAGCUGGAGUGAGGACCACUUGGUUCAGCUCGGUGAACAUGCAGCCCAGUCGCUCCAGCAGGCAUCCACCGCGUGGACACCCAGGCAAGUUUCACAGGUGUUGCAACCUUUUGCGGCCCAAACGCGUCCUCCGCAAGGCUUGAUCCAGGCUGCUGUCGCGCAUCUGAGGAGAUCAUCCUCGAACUACUCGCCGAGAGAUCUCGCAAAGUUUUUGAACCGUCUUCAGGGUUGCGGAGUUCUGCACCACAAGGCAGCCAUGGCAGCAGAGAUCUUGCAGUCAUCCGAAAGGCGAUUACGACAUCGAGGCCCCGAGAUUGUGGCCGUUGCCAACUCCUUGGCCCAGCUUCGCCAGGUGAUCCCUGUGUCGCAGUUGAGGUAUCGUUUUCGGAAAUUGAGCAUCAAUGUGCAGUUGGCGCUGGCCAGACACUUGCUGUCCCUCCGAGACCAGGCAGACGUGCUGCGCAUAUGGGCCUUGGUCGGCCUCAGGGACUGGCGCCUUCUGGCCGCUCUAGCCACGAAUGCAUCCCAGGAGUUGGACGCUGCUUCAACCAAGUCCUUAACCGGACUUGGGCAGCUGCCGUUUCCUGCCGAGGACCUGCUGCAAGCCAUCUACGCGUAUGCCAAGUUGGGAUCGCCUCACUCGGUGGCGCCGGAGUACCGCGCGACCAUCCUAGAGUUCCUCGUCCGUGCCAUGAAGGCUCUCCUGCGGGUUGAUGCAGUGCCGCGUCUCGGGGAGAAGGCUUUGCGCCAGCUGCUGCUUGGCAUUGCCUUCUGGGGGCCCUGCAAAGACCGGUCGGGCCAGGGCCAGGACCAUCUCAAAGAGAAGGCUGGAGACCUCCGGCAGGUCCUUCUGCGGCAGAGCCUGGACGUGUGGCUGCAGAUGGAGAGCUCUGCGACAGCGGAGAUUGCUCGCGCCGUUGUGGCCUCGGCAUCCCUGGAGUUUGGGGUGCAGGCUGGCGACCUCAGCGAUGCUGCGGCGACGCGCUUCCACGAGGUGCAGCGGCCAGCGAGAGUCUCCGGCCAGUCGGUUGACUGCCUGCAGUCCUACGAGCGCAGCGUGUUCAAAGCACUGGAGAAGCUCCUGGCGGAGAAGUUCCGAUUGAAGCCACCCGUGCCAAAGCUCGAGGUAUUGCACCCGGCAUCUUGCUGCGACGUGCGCUUGGCUCUUCCCGCCUUGAAGCUCGCAGUGGAGGUAGGCCUGAAGCGUGAUCUUUUCGAGGGGCCCCGGGAAGCCUGGGCGGAUGCCGGCUGGGGACGGACGGCGGAGAGUGAAUUAGAUCACGGACCAAUCCCUGGAGACUUCGUUGCCGCGGGUCUGGACGAUGUCCUGGAGGAUGCAGACCAAAGAUGGUUCAAUGUAGAUGGCGAGGGAGAAGAUCUUGGUGCCGCUACGAGUGUACCGUGGCAGCAGCUGCCAGCUCUUCGAAUACGGCUCCUGCGUGCCUCAGGCUGGAAAGUAGUAGAGAUUCCAUACUAUGACUGGCGAAAGCUGGUUAAGUCCGAACAGCAGCAAUUCCUGGGCCAGCUGCUGAAAGAUGCAGUUCCCGCAUUUGCCCAGGCAAAGAGUGAUCGAACUGACUUCCGUUUUUCUGCGAAAACAGUGGAGGAUGGUGGAGGAUUCCAGGAUUCCGGCGGCGUCUUUCGGCAGCUCUUCCGGGCUAUCUACGGUCCGAUGUCGACCCGUGUGGCAGGCUGGAAGGGGCUGACCCUACCGCAAAAGCUGAUCUACAGCAGCGCGGUGGUCAACUUGGGGGUGCUGAGCUUUGUUUGGGUCAAGCGCCAGAUGAAGAUGUCAGACAAGGAGCAGAAGGAAGUGGAGGAAAUGCAGGCUACCAUGGCCGAGAUCGCCACUGAAAGCUGGAGCGAAAACAGCCGAUAUAGGUGCUUCUUUGCGGCACAGCAGUACUACCUGUUGAACGCCAACGGCCCGGAGGAGGAGACGGGAAAGGGGGCACAAAAGCUCCUCGACGUGAUGGCGCAGUGCCGCGAGGACAUCUACAAGAAGAUCCCGAAGGACACACCGGCAUCGCGGCCACCUACCAUGGCUCCUCAAUGA